UCCGGUCUGAGGGGAAGGAAUAUGGCGGCGGUUGGUGGACUGGGGCCGCUGUUGCGCUUUUAAAAUGGCACAAAAAGCAGUUGCUGCUGUGUUUUUCCUGUCGGUUUGAUGUCUCACAAAGAGACGGCAGCGAAUACAAGUCGGAGGCUUUGACCUGAGACUGCGGACUGCUGGACAGCACUGAAGGUUUAUUCCUGGAUUCUGUUUUUCUGGUGGGGGCCUUGCUCGUUGCUUCCAACCUCCGGUGCCCACUGUCUGAUUUCUGCACCACCAGUUUUCCUGGCUCAUGGACUUGACUCCAGCACCGGGCUUCAAAAGGAGGCCUGCUGCCUCCUCUUCUCCUAGUGGAGUUAGCGAGAUUGUCAGGAGCCCUCCUCCUCGCUCGCCCUCCUUGUCUCUGUCGUCGCCCUCGUCCGAUCCGUCGUCACCCUUGUCUACAUCCUCCUCUGUCUGUGUCAACUCGUCAGUUUAUCAGAACCAUGUAAAAGGUCAGACCCAGGGGACAGAGGUGGCCCGGGUGUCCUCCACUUCUGCCUCGCCAGCAACGCAGUCUCUCUCCACAUCUACAACCAACGCCACCUCCUCGGAUUUCUGCCCUCACCGUUUGGUGCGGACAAGUCAGGUUUGUGAGGAAGAGGGCAGGAAAAAGGAGAUGUACGAUCCUUUCCAUCCAACUGAGGGAGACAAGGAGGGAAGAAUGAAGGAGGAGGAGGAGGAUGGGGAAGGGGAGAAAUAUGACCCCUUUGACCCCACUGGCUCCCCAGCAUCAGACACUGAUGAUGGAAGCAGCAAAGCGAGGGGGGUAAAGAGAAAGGCUGAGAGAGGGGAGGAGGAGGAGAAAGAGGAAGAACCUCCAGAUUCCACUGAAACUUUGACUAAUCUGCCAAGCCCCUGUCUGGUCACCCAGUUCCCUCUGAGGAGGAGAGUGGACUGUAGCACCAUCAAGGCUGGAGAGAAGAGGGAGAGUGCUGACUCUGAUCACUCUGAGAUAGAGGAGGGGGAGAUAGUUGGGGCUACUGACAGAGAUGGCAUCAGUAAGAGAGCAGCUGGAGAAAUCCUCCCGCGGAAUUCCCCCAACGUCUCCUUCUAUGGUUCAAAGCCAGAGCGCAUCCUCCGGGUGCUGGAUGGGGACGGCUUUGUGUCUGUGCGUGCUGAGGGCAGCUGGGAGGUGGACAGGGAGCCCGAGGAUGAGCCUGUGGUGGGAGUGGAGGAUCUGAGAAGGAAGCUGGUCAGCAGGCGGAAGGAAAGAUACCUCUCCUUUCCUGCUUCCUCACCCCUCUCACCUCAGCCGCCACCUCCUGCCUCCCAUCCUCCAGCUUCUGCGCCCUCUUCCCCACUUACACCUCUUAUAGAGCAAGGCAGCAAGAACCACAAGUCCUCUAAAAGUUCCAAGGACCGAGAUGGACAGAAAAGCAAGGAUAGGAAGGGUGGGGAGAAGGAGGAGAGAAGAAAGAAGAGGAGAAAGGACAAAGAGGAAGGUCAGGAGAGGAGCAAAGAAAAGGAGCGAGGGCACAAGACCAGGAAGGAGGUUAAAGGAAGGCGGAGCAGCAGGAGCAGCAGCCGAAAGAGGAAGAAAAGACGGCACAGCAGCCCAGAGGCCUCACGAUCCUGCAAUUCUUCAGGAAGAGGGGGCCACACAAGACGCUCCUUUUCAAGCCUAUCUGAAGAAAGACACAGAGAGAGGGAAAGAGAUAAAGACAAAGACAGGGACAGAGUCAGAGACAGAGAUAGAGAUAGAGAUAGAGAGAGGGAUAGAGAGAGAGGAAGAGAGAGAGACAGGGAUAGAGAGAGAGAACAAAAUCGCACCAGUAGCCAUAGAGGAGAUGAAAGAGAUAGAGGCUCUAGUUCUAGAAAGAAGGAAGGGGAAAGGAAGGGACAGCACUCAAGCAGCAGAGAACGUUGCGUUUCAAAGAGGUCCAAAAGAAGCAGGGAAAAGAGGGAGGGUGACAGAGACAGGCAGUGCGAGAGGGAUCGGCGACGGGACGGUCGUCCUGUUGUCCCGCCAUCUAUCCAAGACCUCAAUGGGUCUGACCUCUUUGCCAUCAAGAGAACCAUCACAGUCACCACCACCACAACCACCACAACCGUACCGGGCUCCCCAAGACGCGCCCCGACCUCCCCUUGUCGGCCCACGCAGGACUCUGAGAAGCCCCACAAGAGAAAGAAGAAGAGAAAAUGGCACUCAGCUGGAGAGGUGGAGGACCAGGGAAGCUGUCGCAGCCGAUCACAGUCGCUCUCACCUCCUAGGUAUCACAGCUACGAGUCAGACCGCUAUUCAGACAAAUUGGAGAUUGACGUGUUGUCUUUGGAUGGCGAGGCUCUGGACUCAGACUACCCUUCUUUGGAGGAUACUCCUCCUCCUGCCCUGCCUCCAGAACCGCCUGUCCCCAGCCCCAAAACUAAGACAGCUCCCAAGGCUGGACGACAUCACCCUAAAAAGAAAUCCCGCACAUUAAAGAAAGUUGGCCAAUCUGAAUCCUCCUCCUCGUCUUCCAUCAGAACCAAAAGCAAAUGCCUUUCCUCUUUGACGGUCACCUCAGGCUCUGCCCCUGUCUCAUCUGGCCUUCCCUCAGCGAAGCGAGCCAAGAAAGUGGGAAAGGACAAGGAGCGGGACAAAAGUAGUAGAAAGGAUUUGGGUCGCUCUGGGAAGUCCAAGAAAGAGAGCGGUGGCAGUCGCAAAGGCAAACUUCAGUCCAAAGUGUCUGUGCUGGUGCGUGAGGGUGUGAGCAGCACCACGGGGGCUUCAGUUGGCUCUGGAAAGCUGGGCAUGGACCUCCUGGGGCCAGGAGGUACAGGUGGGGGUUCUGGCGGCUCUGUGGUGGGCGGCUCCAUUGCAGUAGUCUUUUGCAGGGACAAUGAGAGCAGGUCUCCAUUUCUCAAGCCUUGCUCGGAGCCACUGUCACUGGGCAGCCGUAGUAAAGAUCUGGCCAGUAUGGGAAAGCGAAGCAACCUGGCUGCACCACCAUCCUCCUUAACCAGUCCUGCAGGACUGAACUCCAAAAAAACAAAACCCAGCUCCAUCACGUCCACCUCCUCCUCUGCCUCCUCCCCGUCAUCGUCUCUGGCAACAAAGCGCCGCCGUCGCCUGGCCAAGAAGACGAGAGAAAAAGGUGGAGCUGCAGGGUUAACAGCUGGAGACAGCAGCCAAGCAAAAACCACGUCAGAGGGCUGGGGUGGAGCCACACUAGAUGUUCAGUCAGCCGUUGGAGAUGGGAGCAAGUCAGUCAGUCCACAUACUGGCCAAGCUGGCCCUGCACCCUGUUCUUCCUCCUCUUCCUCCUCCUCUUCCUCCUCCUCCUCCACCAGUGUGCUCCCCCCCUCCUCCUCACCACCACACACGCCUCCACCCUCUAUGGCUCCUUUGCGGGACACCAGGGAUUCUUCGCCAGACUCUCAGACUGUGGACAGCAGCUGUAAGACUCCCGACCCUUCUUUUCUAGCCGAGGACUGUCCAACGCAGACCAGCCCCACACUACCGACGUCCAGUCCAUCCAGCCUGUCCACCCCCCAGGGAGGUGGCCUCAACACUUCUUUGUCUACACCCACAGCCAAACCUCCUCCACCGGACGAUGCACCCAAAUCUCUGGCCUCACCUCCUUGCUCGUCCUCUUCUGCAGCCUGUGGUCUCACGUCCCUUCCUCUGCCUCUGUCUUCAUCAGACCCCUCCUCCUCCUCCUCUGUUUCCUCCUCAUCUGCUGGUAAGCCCCCUCCUCCUCCCCCUCCAGCAGCGCCUUCCCUCCCGUGGAGUCUGCAGACUGGGGUGGACUGCACAACAGGAGGAGUCCUAGCAUUGACUGCUCUGCUCUUCAAAAUGGAGGAGGCCAAUAUCGCCAGCAGAGCCAAAGCACAAGAGUUCAUCCAGGCGACCAGUCAGAUCCUCUCACAGGCCAAUCAGAGCCAGGCCCAGCAACAUGCGCCUCCUUCUUCGGCCUCCUCUUCGUCCUCCUCACAGAUCCCACCCCCUCCCUCUCUCCCCCCGCCUCCUGGCCUGAGCCCAGCCCAGUUCAUCCUCCACAGCUCCCUCCCGUUGGUUGGCUGCUCCAAAACCCCACCCUCUCACCUGCACACCUCCAUAGGUGGCGGAUGUGCACAGACCCCACCCUCCAUCAUGCCUGUGGGGCUGUCGGGGGUUACUGGGAGCUCUGGUGAGACUGGAUGGGACAAUGAGAGCAAAGACCCUGAUAAGUACCUAAAGAAGCUGCACACCCAGGAGCGGGCAGUGGAGGAGGUGAAGCUCGCCAUCAAACCUUACUAUCAGCGCAAAGACAUCAACAAGGACGAGUACAAAGACAUCCUCAGGAAAGCUGUGCAUAAGAUCUGCCACAGCCGCACUGGAGAAAUCAACCCUGUCAAAGUCAGCAACCUGGUGAAACUGUACGUCCAGCGCUACAAAUACUUCCGGAAACAUGGACGCAAAAUGGACGAGGAAGAGAGGGAUGACCGGGAGCCUGGAGCGCUGCAUUCCUCUGCCUGAUAGGAGACUUUUUAAAACAUUGUUCCUCCACGCCCGCCGCCUUCUGCUCAGCACCUGGGCCAUCCACUGAUUGUUUUUUUGUCUGAUAUUUUUAUCGCUUUCAUAGCCCACCUUGUCUAUGCUUUUAUGUGAUCUUAUGGAAGUCUCUCCCCUUAUCUCUGUGAUCUCACUGUAAAUAUGUCUCACGUAGAAAAUGUAUCACGUAUACAAUGUUGAGGAAGUGGAUGCUAUCAUGCUCACCUGUGUGAUCUAAUACACCAACCCUGCAAUAAAUACCACCUUUGUGAAGCGCAUAGAUUUUAGUUUUUUUGUUGUUUUUUUUUCUGACUGUGUCCAUUAGGAGCUUCACAGUGGUGGUACUGAGUUUCUUCAGCAGCAUUGGAUUAGGUGUUCAUGUUAGUUUGUCCUCCCCAUCCCCAUGUAUAUCAGAAUUCAAGCUGAGGGGAGAUGUAAUACCCAGUUGCACACAUUAAAGUAUAUUGUACAAUGCUGAAGGACACUAACAACCCCCCCCCCCCCCCCCCCAUCUCUGAGUCAUUGCGGACAGUAUGCAAGCUGGACCUGUUAGUGAGUGGGACAGCACGAUGAUGGUUGGAACACACUUGGACACUUGACCUCUCAGUUCUUUGAUUCUGCUGUCCGUGUGUUUGUGUGCAUGUGUUACUGAGGUUGAGAAAGUUGCUAAAUCUCUUUAUAAAAAUGACUUGAUCAACAAAAUAUAAAUGUUGCUUGAAAAAUAGUGCAAAAAUGGAGUGGCCCUGUUUGUUUCUAUUGUCUUCUGUGUUUGCAUCACGCGUUCUUCAGUGCAUCCAGU